GGUUGGAUCAGUACAGAGCUGAUAUUCUUUGUAUCCUUCUCCGGGUUAAGGAACUACUCUACGCUUUGUCUCCAAACCACCUGGAGCUUUCUGAACCCAGCUCUCCUAAACUCUCUUUAAUUCAUACUAAAUGUGACUUGCUGGUUCAAUGCUUGACAAUGGUUACUGCUCCAGUCUCCGAGAUGUCCAAGUAUAUUCCAAGUUCUGAGAAUGAACACCAGAGUAAAUAUCAACCAUGGAUUCAGCUUAUCCAUCCACGCCUAUACAUGGAUGAAGAAGAGAAAGGACUAAGAGACCUGUAUUUGACCUGUAGAAUUGUAUCGGAGAAACCCCAACCUUCAUGGCCUCUCCUCAUCCUUCUUUGUAACUCUAAUCAGAGAUAUUUCUCCAGUCUUCUCUUUACACAGAUGGGAGCUUUUGUUCCAACUGGAAAGGAGUUUGCCGGGUUGGGUUCGCGCUGUGGUCUCUCCGCGUGUACUCAGACUUGUAUUGGAGCAGCGGAGUCAAACUGGCCAGAACUAGUUUUACAAGGCGUACUCUGGUGUUUACUGUUUACUGAUGAGAACAGUUAUCAACCCAUCACUAAGGCUUUUCAGUCUUUGCUGGAAAAAUUAACACCUGAGAGCUGGGAAGCGUUGAACAGGAAUAAUGUUUGGAAUCAGAUAAGACCAGUUUGGGUGUCAGCAGUUUCAUCUCUUCUUCAACCCUUCCUCAGUCCUGCAGUCGAAGAUAUCAUAAGAAGUAUGGGAAAUGGUAUUUCGUCUAGUCUUAAUAAAAUACCCAAGGCCCGGGGGCUUCUUAUCAAAUCCUUGAUUAGUCUUGAAGAAUCUAUUCCUGUCAGUUUGGUUGGAUUCCUAUUCUCCAUUGAGGAGUUCUCCCCUUCCAAUUGUACUCCUUUGUGUGGAUCCAUCGUUCUGCACUUCAUCUUCACAUCAAUAUAUACUACUAUAAAUACACUUAUACAUCUAUACAGGAAUCAAGGCAUAGAGGAGGGAAAGCUUGAAUUUCUUCAAGGCUUGAAUGAGAAUAUUUGUUGUUUAAACUCCACCCCGGAGUUAGAACAGUUGUUGAACUCUAUGAAAAGUCGUCUUCUCUCUGGAGACUCGAAAGAUGAUGAUUCCGACAGUGGAACUGGGUUAUCUGAUGUAGAGGAAACCUUCUCCGAUGAAAUGCUUCUAAUCAAGUAUGAAUGUGUAGCAGCAGAGAUACUUCAGGAGAGGUCGUCUUUACUUCCAUUAACCGCCCUUUACAGGUUUGUGUGCUAUAACAGUACCUGGAUUAACUGGAACCUAGGGUUUCAAGAAUCUGAGAGUUCUCCACCCAAGAUGAAACCCUGGAACAGUUCUCCUCAACCAGACCGUUCUCCUCUGCACAUGAUCAACUUUGUUGGAUCAAAUGAAAUCAGUGGACUAAUAAACCUGCGGGUUCCCUGGAAUGACUGGAUCACUUCUUGUUUGUCAACAAGAAAACCGGUUCAUGUCAACCUAUUCUCACUCAGGCCUGCAUUCUUCCCAUCAGAGAGGGAGUUUCUUCAUCCAGACGAGGUUCAAGAACAGGAUAGGAUCAAGGAGAUAUUGGAGAACAUGUAGAGGAUCAAGAACAGGAUAGGAUCAAGGAGAUAUUGGAGAAUAUGUAGAGGAUCAAGAACAGGAUAGGAUCAAGGAGAUAUUGGAGAAUAUGUAGAGGAUCAAGAACAGGAUAGAAUCAAGGAGAUAUUGGAGAACAUGUAGAGGGUCAAGAACAGGAUAGGAUCAAGGAAAUAUUGGAGAAUAUGUAGAGGAUCAAGAACAGGAUAUUAUCGAGGAGACAUUGGAGAAUAUGUAGAGGUUCAAGAACAGGAUAGGAUCAAGGAGAUAUUUAAGAACAUGUAGAGGUUCAAGAAUAGGAUAGGAUCAAGGAGAUAUUGGAGAAUAUGUAGAGGAUCAAGAACAGGAUAGAAUCAAGGAGAUAUUGGAGAACAUGUAGAGGAUCAAGAAUAGGAUAGGAUCAAGGAUAUAUUAGAGAAUAUGUAGAGGAUCAAUUAUAGGAUAGGAUUAAGUUUAUAAUGGAGAAUAUGUAGAGGAUCAAGAACAGGAUAGGAUC